AAUCGGAAGUUAUGAAUUAAUAUUCGAAGAGAAUUGCUAAAGCAAAAUUGUUAUAUUUCUCAUUAUUUUGAUUGACGAGAUAUUUGAUAGGAGGCAUUGAAAUAUAAAAAAACAUCUCUAAUUUAUAAUAAGCAUCUUUACACCCUUACAUCUUCUGAUUGCCUAAAUGAGACUGUAACAGUUAUUUUCAACCAUCACUUGAUAAAGAUCUAUAAAAAUGAUGCUUUUCGCUCUGACGCUCUCAACACUUCUACUAUUAUUGUCUAUAGGAUCUAGAGCUGAAGAAAAAAAUACCUUUAAUGUAGGUUUCAUGUAUGCAAAGGAAGAAGAACUGACAUCCUUUACAGAAGCCUUAGAGGACAAAAAAAUUCUCAGCCCUAAAGAUUGUGGGAAGCAUAUUUCAUGCCCAAAAUUAGCAUAUACAGCCCAUCGUUUGGUUCCAAAUCCGAUGGCAGCCGCCAAGUUGGUUUGCGAAAAUUUAAUAUCUAAAAAUGUUUCUGUGGUUAUUACGAGUAGUUUUCCCAAUAAUGAUAUUGCAGCAAUGGCAGUAUCAUACACAUGUGGAUCCAAAUUUAUCCCAGUAAUUGGAGUUUCAGUAAGAGAUAACGUAUUCUCCGAUAAAAAUACUCAUGGUUGGUUUAUGAGAACUAUGUCUCCUUGGUCAGACCAAGCUCAAGCUUGGACAGAUCUUUUAUUAUAUUUUAAAUGGACACAUGUUAUAUUCAUACAUAGUUCAGAUCCAGAUGGAAGAGCAGUAUUUGGAAAAUUUGUGGCAAAAGCAGAAAAACAUGAUAUAGAACUGGAACAAAUAAUGGAAUAUAAUGCUGGAUUAUCAAACUAUACGGACAAAUUACAAGAACUGCAUUUGAAAAAGUCAAGAAUAUUUAUUCUUUAUGCAACAAAAGAUGAUGCUGAUGUCAUCUUUGAAGAUGCUAAAAGAUUAAAAUUACUAGAAGAGGGCUAUGGAUGGAUUGUUACGGAACAAUCUUUACGUUCAUCAAAAGUUCCUGAUGGUGUUCUAGGACUUCAAUUGUCAAAAGGUUCCCAUGUUGAGGAGCAUAUUCAAGAUGCUGUAUUUGUUGUUAAGAAAGCUCUUCGAGGACUGUGUAAAAAUUCGACUGAAAACAAAUACUCAUGUUCAAAGCCUUUAACUUCCGGUAACUGUGACGUUGAAUCGUCGCAUGAAUGGGAGAAACAAUCAGAGAUUUUAUUCAAUCGACUCAGAGAUACAGUAUUAGACGAUGGUGAAACGGGAAACGUUCGCUUCAAUUUUAUGGGGGAUAGAAUUGAUGCAACCUAUGAAAUAAUGAAUGUUCAAUCUUCAGGAAAAUUGGUUAAAGUUGGAUUACACGAUGGUUCCAAACCGGUGGAUGCAAAAGUUAAUAUAUCAUUGAGUAAGAUACAAUGGCUAGGAGCGGCAAAAGAGAAACCAAAAGGGAUAAGAAUAGCAACUCAUCUUCAUGUCGUUACAAUUAAGGAAAUACCAUUCGUGUAUGUAGAGAACGUGUCGACCGCUGAUUGUAAAAAGAGUGUUCAAAGGGUUCCGUGCCCUCGAAAUUACUCGGGAGAGAUUAUAGAACAUUGUUGCUAUGGCUAUGCUAUUGACAUGCUUAUAGCUUUGGCAGCUGAAACAAAUUUCACGUAUGACCUACACUUGGUGGGUGAUGGACAAUUCGGAAACUACGAAAAGAGAAAUGGGUCAUCGAAAAAAUGGAAUGGUAUGAUUGGAGAACUCAUAGAUAAUGUGGCUGAUAUGAUUGUCGCUCCUUUAACAAUAAAUCCUGAAAGAGCGGAACACAUUGACUUUUCAAAACCUUUCAAAUAUCAAGGAUUAACUAUUUUAGUCAAAAAAAAUGAGAAAGACUCAAGUUUGGGCUCAUUUCUUCAACCUUUUCGGGAUACUUUAUGGGUUUUGGUAGGACUUUCUGUUCACGUGGUUGCACUUGUUUUAUAUCUACUAGAUCGGUUUUCUCCGUUUGGCCGCUUUAAGUUGGCCAAAAAUGACGAUACAGAAGAAGAUGCUCUUAAUCUUUCCAGCGCUAUGUGGUUUGCCUGGGGUGUAUUGUUGAAUUCUGGAAUUGGAGAAGGGACUCCAAGAAGCUUUAGUGCUAGGGUCCUGGGUAUGGUCUGGGCUGGUUUUGCUAUGAUUAUAGUUGCUUCAUAUACUGCCAACUUAGCUGCCUUUCUCGUGUUGGACAGGCCGGAAGCAGCAAUAUCUGGUAUAGACGACGCCCGCUUGAGGAAUCCACAAGAAAAAUUUCGUUAUGCUACAGUAAAAAACAGUGCUGUUGCCAUGUAUUUUAAGCGUCAGGUAGAACUGUCAACAAUGUAUAGAACAAUGGAGCAACUUAAUUACUACGAACCAGAAGACGCUAUAAGAGACGUGAUUAACGACAAGUUGCAAGCAUUUAUUUGGGACUCAUCCAGACUCGAAUUUGAAGAAGCUAAACAUUGUGAUUUAGUCACGGCUGGAGAGCUUUUCGGAAGAUCAGGAUACGGAAUUGGGCUUCCUAAGGACAGCCCCUGGACAGAAACUAUAUCAUUGGCUAUUUUAAGCUUUCACGAAAAAGGGGAAAUGGAACAAUUGGAUGGCAAAUGGAUUCUCGUAAAGGACACAAAUUGUGUUGAGAAAGAUCAAUCGCCAGCUACUCUAGGAUUGACCAAUAUGGCUGGUGUUUUUAUGAUGGUAGCUGGUGGUAUAGUUGCCGGAGUUUUCCUUAUUAUUAUUGAGAUGGCGUAUAAACGACAUCGAGGAUUAAAGGAAAAGGAACUAGAAUUAGCGAAGACCGCAGCCAAUAGAUGGCGUAGUAAUAUCGAGCGUCGAAGAACCUUAAGGAAGACUUUAGCUGAACAACAAUUGGCACUUCCUUCAGUUGAUACAAUGGACACUAAAUUAACUCCUAUGUCUGCGGAAAAACUUAACAACAUCGAUAUAACGCUCAGGCCUUCUCCAUCACAAGCCGGAUAUCAACGCGUUCCCCUCUAUACUAAAGCCUACCAAAGUCCCUUAAUUAACAAGAAGAAUUAA